AGCGUCCUAUCCCCUCUAUCCCCUAAAUCUAAUACACUUACACAAAAAGAAGACAAUAACUAGAAUCUAACAGCUACAAACCGAGUGGGUAAUUAUCCGACGACAUUUAGGACACAUUAUUUAUGUAUAUUUUGUUAGGGAUAAAGUUAGGCACUUUUUAAAACCAAUAAAAUAAGCCAGUCGGUUGUUAAGAUGUUGUGAUCUCUGUAUUUGGUUGGUAAAAAAUAAUUACGCAGUGUUCUUUAGUUGGAUUCGAGAAAUAUAAUUCGAAUUACGUUUAGAAAAGUUCUUUCGCGUGUGUGACAAAACAAUGUCACUGAUCAUGAUACGAUCGUCAAAACAAGUAAGUAUCCUUACUACAUCUAUAAAGAAAAAAUUAGACAUAGCAAUGACUGCCCUAACGAUAGUGAUAGGUACAGUAACGAAAAUAAUAUGAGUUUCCUUGUUAUGUAGUUGUUAUUUAGUAUAUAAAACCCAGCUGAAUAGCGCUUCUUGUGUGUGCUGAUUGGCUAGUAGUCCGGAAGUGACUAGCAAGCACUAUUCACCUCUAAGCAGUUGAAUGGGUAGGAGUCAAGAGUUUAAUUUCCACCCAUUUUUCGGUAUAUUGAUAGAAUUCAACUACAUCUUUGAUUUCUUUGGGGUUUAUACUAAAGCAACUAUUUACCUCAGUGUGAGUGAAAUUAGUGGAUAUUUGUCACCACUUCAAUGAUUAAUUGUUAACUUUUAAAAAGAAGUUGUUCACAGAUAUAUUGUAUCAUAAGGCCACGAAAGAUAUCUCAUUUGUAUAGCAACUAAUUGCAUAUUAUUUAGGCAUCGCGUGGAGCUAACAAGGUAAUGCCUCUGACAAAAGGAACUUCAGCAUUGAAAGAAAAACCCUUAAGUGAGACGGAAUUGGAAGGUAAGAGACGUCAACAUGAAGAAAAUGAAGGGAUAGAAAGGACCGAGCGGAAAAAAGAGACUAAUAAGUUGAGUAGUCCUCAAGAACGACACAAUUACGGAGAGGGAGAAAAAUUGGUGACUCCGCAGAGGAAAGCUAAGGGCUCUCGUUUGAUUUGCUUGAAUUCAAGCCACGAAAAAGCGGCCCUAGUUAAGCCGUGAGUCCUUGUUACCGGGCAGGCUUUGUAUUCCUGGAGACGCGUUUGCUUCAUGGCGAGAUUUCAUACAGAAAGUGGCACAUUGUAAAGCGGAAGGAUCAAUGGAAGCCUUCUGAGACUCAUUUAUCGGAUCUGAGGGCAAAACAGUUUACUGAACCCAGUUCGGUGCGGUUUUUUGCAACAGGCAACGGUGGUAUUAACUUCCUAGUAUUACCCACAACUUGGUGGCGCAGAUGUAUAGAUUGCUUUAGGAUGUGUUGUUCUUGUGGUUGCAUUCAUGACGAUUAAGAGCAGUAAUAAAUUUGCAGACCUUCGGCAUAUUGUCAAUCAAGAAAUCUAUCAGUUGUCGCCAAAUGCUCUCAAUUAUAAGCAACAAUUUGCGAGAGCAACUUGCAGUUCCAAACUUUUUUAUUCUAGAGUGAAACAUAAAAGAAAAGAAACAAUUUUUGUCGCCUGCGAUUGUACUGUUGACCGUGUGACUAACACAUCUGACAUCAAUCAGUAACCAUUUUUCCUAUGUGCUUAGCCUUUACAAAGGGAAGUGUCAUGACAGAUAUGAAAGAAAACGAUUAAAGGUUGCAACUAUUCAUUGAACUAUAGAAUAGCAAUACCUCUAGUAGUGAAAAUGAUAAUAUGACUAUGUAAGCUCUGCGAUUUUAUUGUAAUGUGUUUUGUUUCACAGAGGGAGUCUUUCAAUGAAAAUCCUCCAGCUGAUGGGUUUCUCCCGAACCAACUCGUCUUGUCUAAGUUGACACUUUGUAAAUCUGGUCGAAAAAUCUGGCAAUAAACCAUUAACAGUUAUCAUGA